AUGAGUCCUGUUCCUCUCCCCCGGCAGCCCUUCUGUGACGGGGCCCACCGGACUAAGGCCCCCGACAUGGCCCCGCUGCGUUUUUCCCCCGAAAAGGACGGGGGGGCGCUGCUCUGCGCCUGCAAAGAGACGCGCACCCCCCCCUACUGCGACGGGUCCCACCUCAGGGUGCUGCUGCGGGACCUGCUGGGGGCCGCCAGGCGCCUCUUUAAAUGA